CGCAAUUGAACAACAAUCGAGCAAGAUUAGACGAUGAAAACACAGUUGCUUGCCGAAUUAUACCCCAAAUAACGCAUUCUCUCCUCCGACAGAGUUCAAUGGCUUGUUUCAGAUAACAGGUAGAUGACAGGCAGAGAACAGAAUGACCAAGAGAGCUCAGACAAGUACAUAUGAUCACCACCAAAAUAGCGGGGAGGCCAGACAUGUAACAAGUAUUUUUUCUAUGAGGAACUGGAUACGAGUAGCUGUUUUAACAGCUAUCAUAGUUGCUGUUAUAAUCCUCUUUGACAGAGGACAGGUCAUAAAGAUAACUACCAUAAAUCAGGUCAAGAAAUCCUCCACAAUCAACAAAUAUGAUGUGUGGCCUCCAUUCUCUGUCAAGCAGAAGCAUACUAGGGAGUGGUUUGUGGUGGAAUGCUUUAGUGGAACACAUUCAGAAGAUGUGGAAAGUGUAUUUGGACACAUCUUAUCCUUGUGGUCAGAGGCUGAGAAUCCCGAGUGCAUUGACGCAUACCAGAAGUUUACUGAGCUUUACGAAGUGCACGACCGCUAUUCCAAGAGGCUGCAUUUACCCGAGAUAUUUGCCAAACAAGUGAACUCCUGGUUUCAAGGCAAUAAGGCACUGAUGGAGGACAUUCACCACCAGCACCUGAUCCACGUGUUCCACCCACUAACAUCCGAGCAUACUGUAUAUAAUCCUGUUCGAGCAAAGCGGCCAAUGCCGACCCAACAGACGAAUCUCUACGAAUGGUUGGAGAAGCUCUCAGAAGAGACCAGUAAAAACUGCGAUUUCUGCAAGUACAACGAGAUGACUGCUGUUGAUGAAUUUGGAAGAGAUGAUAAGAGUGACACGGCUCGGGUGACAAACACUUUCAAAGUGGAGGCAUGGCACAGUAUGGUGGUGACCAAGCACCUCCAUCACCCACUUAACUUCACCAAGGAACUUAUGAGCCACUUCUUCAAGGCUGCCAUGUCCUGGAUUUACGAAGUGAGCCGCAAGGAUCCUGCCUACAUCUAUCCCAACAUAGCCUGGGACACAUUGCAUCAUGCAGGGGCUUCCCAAAUCCACCCACACAUCCACAUGAUGAUGGCUCCUGACCACUACUACGGGUACUUUGAACUCAUGCGCUCAGCGGCCCAGAGGUACUACCAAGAGAAGAGUGAGAACUACUUCAAUGCUGUGCUGGAGGUCCAUGCUGCUUUGGGGCUGGUGGUGGAGUACGGGGAUGCAGUGGCUAUACCUACCAUGACAGGCAAAGCCGACCUGGAAGUAAUGUUUCUGAGUGAUUAUCCUGGGGAGGAUUUCUACAAUCUUAUAUACCACACAAUUAAUGCUUACCAUGAUACGUUCACUCAGUUUUGCAAAAGUUUCGUGGGUGCUUGGCCUGCCCUUGGAACCACAGAGGCAGCUUCCAGGGGCAGAAUGCCUACCGUGGCAAGACUCAUUUCCAGAGGUGACUGCACUUCCCUCAGAACAGAUUUCAGCUCGUAUGAGAUCUUCCAGAUUGUGUACAGAACACAUGACCCUUGGCAAAUUGUAGCAGCAAUCAAGAAAGCUAUUAAGAAAAAUGGUGGUAAUUAAGUUAUCAAAAGGUCAUAUUCUUAUGAUGACACAGAUUUGUUAGUUUUGUUGGUCUCAAUAGUAUGACUGUUAGUAAUAUUUUUUUGUUUGUGCAGUAAUUGCAAUUUAUAUUUUAUUUUUUUCCGGA